UCACGAUCGUGCUAAUAAAGGUUCUAUACGCGAUCGGCGGUUUAUGCAAUUUGUUACAUUUGUUUGAUUAGAGUCUGAUUGCUGAAUGCUAUAUUGAAGGUAAAAUUCAUUGUCUCUCAACUGACAUGAAUUGGUCAUUGGUCAGGCUCAAACCUGACAGGCUCGGCAGUUAUGGCAGUUAUGGUGUUGGGAGCAAAUGGAAUGGGUGGAAAUGAAUAGAUAUAUGUAUGGGAACCUGGAGCCUAUGUCGGGUAGCGACCUACGGUAAGAGAGAGAUAGUGUAGUUAGAGUCGGACGCGCUUGUCUGAUGUAUAGAGACUAUCUCGCAUGAAAACAUUGACUGUCAGAGCAGAAAAGCACUCAUGUAAACAAACUCUAGAGUUUAAUGAUUUGAAAAUGGUGAAACGAUGUGCCAUAGUUUCGUGUAAAAAUGAGUUUGUUCCCGGUCGUGGCGUAACUUAUCAUGCAUUUCCAACUAAAGAUGCGGAGCGUAAAAAAAAGUGGCUCGACGCAAUACCAAAUGGUCUAAUUAAUAAUAUCACAGAAACAAAUUUCAUAUGCAGUCUGCACUUUCGGCCAGAAAACUAUUUUGAUACUCCGUCGGGUAGAAAUUUUUUAAAAAAAGAUGCCGUUCCAUCAAGCUUUGAAUUUCUCCCACAUGUUGCAUCAAAGAAAACCGAGGAAAUCAUGUCAAUGUUGUUCCAGGUAGCAAAUAAUGAGUUAACAGUUAACCCGAGAAACAAACUGAAACGACGUGUAGAAGAUAACAUGACAGAUGAAUUUGAGAAUAUGCGUGCUGAUGAUGAGGAGAACACAUCACCUGAAGUUGCUCAUAACAAAUCUGAUGCUAGCACUCAAACAUCGCCAAAGCAAUCAAAACCAACUCCUCGGAUGGAUAUCUUGGCAAACAAAGUGGAUGUUCUACAGAAACGUUUGAGGCGUCGAGAUGCAAAAAUCAGCAUCAUGGAAGAUGUAAUAAAAAGCCUGAAAGAAAAUUCAAAUCAUUCGGAAGGUAUACAGGGCAUAUUAGAGAAACAUUUCAGCGGCGAUAAAUUGGAACUACUUCUAAAUGAGGUGAAUAAUAAUAACGUUACGCCUAAUAACAGACAGUACUCCGAAAAUAUUAAGCAGUUUGCGUUGACAAUGUAUUGUUUCUCUCCUAAAGCUUACGAGCUACUUCGAAAGUAUUUGUGUUUUCCUCAUCCUGGUACUAUGAGAAAAUGGAUUUCAUCAUAUAAUUGUGAUAGUGUAAAGUUCAGUGACAGGGAACAAUCGCCAUAGUUAUUUUAGAGCACGGGUAUAUCGUGCGCGAUAUUCAAACAUUUCAAAAGAGUAGACGUGCGCUGAAAAAUUCUUCAGUCAAGGCAAUGGAUCAUUGAUCUCUAAUUGAUAUCAAUGCAAUAGAUUAUUAGAAUAUAAAAAAAUCUGGAAUCAAGAUCGGGAAGACAUAUGUAUACAACAGCGGUUCAAUAUAUCUAUGGCACUACUAUAUUAAGACGUCCGAAACGCUCAUGUGUGGGUUGGAGCCCAACACGAACGCAGCCAUGCCGUUUGCAUAAAUAUUAGUCGGCGACAUCAAAAAUUCCAAGCACAUAAAGGCGAAGUUUAGGACCGUAAGAAAUUAUUUUCCUCAUAAAACUAAUUUCUAAAUUGUAAAAUUACCACUUUUGGACACAAUAGAAGCCUAUAGAAAAUUUUGUUAAUAACAAAAUAAAACAAAUUAUAAAAUGUAAAAUCGUCACUAGGUGCCAAGGAUAAAAUAGGGCAAAUUGUUAUAAUAAAAUUAUUCGCUAAAAUUAACCAUGAUAAAAAUGGACAUGAUAGAAGCCCAUAGAACAAAUGGGAUUAACUCCCCAGGCGGGGAGCCAGCAGCUAGUUUUUUCUAUCAAGCAUUAUCAUUUUUGUUUAAAUUAGAACACAGCGAAGACGCCACCAAUUAUUCUUUUUGUUCCAUCACUUCGUGAUAUUGUUGAUUUAUAUUGAAAAACCAAACAUCAUUAUUAAAGAUAAAUUAUUUUUGUUAA